AUGGUUCUGGAUUCCGGUCACCCGUCUUGCAGCAGAGGGAUGUCAUCUACCUCCGUGCGCGGUUACUCUGCCAAACCUAAGAGAAUGUCUCCACAGAGCAAUGCGAUGUCAUCCCCGGCCUCCAAUCGCAGCUGCCCGCGUACCACUGUAAAUCGGACUAGAACUCGGUGUUGGAGCCGGCUUCCUCCAGGAGGUUGUCAGGAUGUUCCCUAUACAUGGGGACGUGUAGCUGGAUGCGUCGAAGUGAGAGUACUUGCACCAUUAAUAGCAGUGGUAGUCCUCGUGGCAGAAUACGAAGCUCGGGGUCUCUACCUUCUAUCAGCAGAGCCACAACCGCAAACCGCACCCUCAAGAAGAGUUCUUGCCUCUUGAUCGCUCUUCGACCCACAAAUGUGGCACAGGAAAGGGACAAAUUCUUCCUGUCCAACUAUACCCACAAUCCCCAGUUCCAGUAUGAGGAGCCAGUGCCAGUCAGUGUGGUGGAGAAGUAUAGCGAGGCAUCUGACCAAUUCCUUGUGCAGGCUCUGCGGAUUCUCAAUGCCGUCAUCAGUAAAUAUGGAAACUAUGAGAACUUUGAGUCAAUAACUGGAGGAAAAUUACUCAGCAAGAGUCAGAUCUGGUCCUGCUUUCGCCGUUACAUGCAGAAAGAAGGUUGCAGCGGGGAGGUGGUGGUCCAACUCACAGAAGAUCUCCUAUCUCAGGCAGUCAUGACGACUGAGAAUAGCCGACCCACAUUAACCAUCAACUUACUGGGUGCUCGGCAACAUUGGCUGGAGGGAGUGCUCCGACACGAGAUAGGCACACAUUACUUGCGUGGGGUGAAUGAUGCCCAGCAGCCCUGGCACGGUUCAGAAGGACGGAAGCAGUUUGGACUGAAGCCAGCGAACCCUACGGAGGAAGGAUUAGCCAGUUUGCACAGUGUCCUCUUCCGGAAAAAAAACCCGUACCUGUGGCGUGCGGCCUUACUUUAUUACACUGUCAGCCGUGCCGCCACCUGCAGCUUCUCCGAACUCUUCCAGGACUUACAGCAGUUUGUAGAAGAUCCGGCUGUACGGUGGGAGUACUGUGUGCGAGCCAAGCGAGGACAGGGAGACACCGCCCAACCAGGCUGCUUCAGCAAGGACCAGGUCUAUUUAGAUGGGAUUAUCCGCAUACUGCGGCACAGACGAUCCAUUGACUUCCGCCUGCUGACUUCCCUGGGAAGGGUUUCUUUUGAAGAUGCUGAAGGUCUGCAGAGAUUUGCUGAGCUGGAUAAUGCUUGUCUGCCACACUUCAUGCAGGACAUGGAGAGGUAUCACCAGCAGCUUCACCACAUCAUGGAGACCAACCAGUUCAGUGAUGAGGAGCUGCAGAUGCUGCUACCAGAGUGA